UCGUGAAUCUUUUUGUUUUGUUUUUCUUCUUAAACUUUUGUUUGUUUGAUAAGAGAUUCCUAAGUAUGGGUAAACGAAAACACAAACGUGAUGAUAAACAUAUCAGCAAGAAAAUUCGUCGUUUAGUAGAAAAAAGUCUAAGGGAACAUGCCGAACGACGACGCAGGCGCACACGUUCAGAAUCCUUAAAUACAUCUUCUUCAGAAGAUUACCGAUCAGAUGCAGAAUAUUCUGCUGACGAUAGCAGACGUAAUGCGGAUUAUGAAUUAGAAAAUGAGGUGGAUGAUUAUUCAAAUAGACCACAAUCUAUUGUAAGCAAAAUAUCGCAAGACCAAUCGCUACAGCCAGUAGAAGAUGCUGACAUACCAGAAGUUAUUACGCCUUCUGAAACACAACCGACUAACUUCGAGACCCUCAAUCAGAGCCAACCAUCGACAUCCGAUGUGCCACAAGAAAUACUUUCGGUUCUUGGCGUAGCCAAAAUAUCAGAACGACCUCUAGGAGAAAAAAUCCCUAGUGAGAUCUCUGAACGCUGGGGUAAUAUUUUACUAGACGGCUUGACAAAAGAGCACAAAGUCACAUUGAUUGAAAAGAUGCUUGUCCCAGAGAACUUUACUUUGGCGCAUGCCCCGAAAUUAAACCCUGAGGUGGCUGCAGUUUUAUCCGAAGCUGCAAAAAAUCGAGAUAAAAGACUCGAAAAAUCUCAGAACCAACUUGGAUCCGGUCUAGCUGGCUUGGUAAACCUCACGAAGGACCUUAUUAACACGGAUUUGGAAAAGCUUGAAACCAUAAAAAGGAUUUCAGAAAUAGCGCAAGUUCUAUUAGAUCUACAUCACGAUGAAACCAAUAAUCGUCGUAAAUUGAUAGUACCGCUAUUAGAUAAAAGAUUCUGGAGUACCAUACAAGGAGUUAAAAGAGACUCCUUUUUGUUUGGGGAAAGAUUAAGUGAAAGUAUUAAAAAUACAAAAGAUAUCGAGAGAUCUAGCCAACAAAUUAAAAAAUCCGCUCCGCCCCAGCAAUCGUUUCAACGUAAAAAUACAACAUUCUCGGGAAACUACCGAGCCCCUCCUCGACUGCCGGCCAAUGCGAAGCCAGCACCCAAGUACCACGAGUCACAGACGUCGACCUCGACGAGGAGGGCCACCACCAACCAGCCGCGCGGCCGGGGUGCUCAUUCCGGUCGAAUGCAGGACCGCCGUCGCAAAUAGAGAGAGCAACACCCGUUGUGGAGCAGUCUUACCCUGGCGUGUGCAAUAUUAUCAGGCAAGCGUACUUAAAACGCAACUUUACAACCGAAACCAUCGAUAUUAUGAUUAACUCCUUGUCUAAAAACACAAUAUCACAAUAUAAUGUAGCCUUAAAACAAUGGUUCCAGUUUUGUCAACUACACAACACUGAUCUGUAUGAUGUUACAGUGGCCUUUAUUCUAAAUUUUUUUACACAUAUUUUCCAAAAAGGUGCCAGCUAUGGUACACUUAAUUCUUUUAGGUCAGCCUUAUCACUAAUCCUUAGUAAAAAAUUAUCAAAUGAUGAAAACAUUAGUCGAUUCUUUAAAGGAGUAUUUCGAAUCAAACCUACGUUCCCUAAAUAUAACGCAAUAUGGAACCCUAACCUUGUUUUAGAAUACUUAUCGAAAUUAUACCCAAAUGAAUCAUUAAAUCUAAAUAUGUUAACAAAAAAAUUAGUAACUCUACUUGCGUUGUCAACAGGACAACGAGUCCAGACGUUAUCAUUAAUUAAUAUUCAAGAAGUAAAUAUUACUGAUUCUCAAAUCACUAUACCUAUCAAUGAAGUUAUUAAAACUUCACGUCCGAACAGGCAUAAUCCUAAUCUGAUUAUUCCUUUUUUUAAACAGAAAGAAUCCAUUUGCCCUGCAAUGACACUCUGUACAUAUAUAAGUAAGACUUCCGAACUUCGGAAUGCCAAUACAAAUAAACUCAUUCUUACAUUCAAAAAACCGAUGCAUGCUGCCAGCCCACAAACCAUUAGUCGCUGGAUCAAACAAACAUUAGGCAAGAGUG